UCCUAUAGAUAGAACACAGUAUAUAGCUGUUUAAACAUCUUUACCAAAAGAUUGAAUCGAUUUCAGGUGACAAAUUGAUUGAAUAUGCUUUUUGGAACAAAAGGAGUACGAAUUUUACUUUAUUGGUUGUUAUUAUUCCCAUUUUCUUCUCUUUUGUGGUGUAAAACUUCGGACAAAGUUUCUCUGUCCUGGAGAAGAAAUGGAAAUCAUCUGUGUUUUGUUUGUGAUGUUCAGAACUUAUCAUUAGGAGUGUCGUUUGAAGAUCCUCAUGGAAAUACCAGAGGGCAUUGCACUGCACCAAUACCACAUACAGUACCUGGUCACUGUGAUUCACAUUUGAAACAAAAUAUUUACAACGAAACUACGGUAUUGACUAUUGAUAGAGUUGAUUGUGAAAACGGUCUGUGGAAAUGUUCUCAUGGAGAAAACACAAACGAAUAUGCAACAACAUCAGUAUCAGUGUCAGUUGAUUCUACCAAACAAAAGCCGGGAGGAUCAAAAGAACAUGUCACUGUUUCCAUCUAUCAAGGGUACAUAUGCACAUCAAUACCUUUAUGGAUUGGAUAUGCCGCAUCACAUAUAAUGAUCCUGAUCUAUUCAUUCUAUAAAGAAAGGCAGAACGUGACAGGACAACAUCAUGUUAAUGUUUGUUGUAAAAAUGUCUUGACGAGAGAAAUAAAAUUAACCCGUCUUCAAUCUGUAAUACCGUUUGCUAUCUUUCUCAUACUACCGCUUCUCCUGAUGAAUAUUCCGGGUAUAUGCAAAGGAAAAUGGUGCAUACUUGUUGGUCUUGUAGGUGUCAUAAUUGCUGGUGGCUUUAAAUUAUUACAAGAUAAAUGUUGCAAAGACAAAAAAGAAAAUUCUACAUCAGCAGAAAACAUAGUUGAAUCGGAAGAUACAGAAGAUCCAGAAAAUAACUUUGUAUAAGUUGAUUGCUGUGGUAUUGCGAGACGAAAAGAUGUGAAUGAGUAUUUGACAGAUUUUGAAAAGAAAGAUGUUUACUACCUUUGUACCAACGAUCAAAUUUUGAAAUUCUAUUACGACAAAAGCAAAAAACUAGAAAUGUCUCAACACUAAAACACAUAAAAAACGCUACCCCCAGACCUUGUGGAACCUCUUUUAUCUUUGGAAGGUUAAGCAGAAUCUGCUCCAAAUCUAGUAAUUACACCCGUCAUAUUAUUCAUGGAAAGUGCAAUUUCGGUGAUUUCCUGAUUCCGGGAUUGCAGCAACGACAAUUUCUGAGAAACAGAUAUUCAAUAACGGUAAACCGACUCGUGUUGGCUUCCGUAUUUUUUUAAAGGAAUGACUUAAACUUUACUAUUUCGAACCAUUGAUUAGAUAUGACGUUAUUAAGGACACUUAUGUAAUUUUUGUAUCCAGUACAGUAAAGCAAGGUCAAGUUUUUCGUCUCCGGUUGAAAUUUCGAAGGAACAUAGAACAGACCUAUGCUUGUUCAUGAUUUCCUCUUUUUGCAGUAUCGUGCUAUUAUAUGCUACGGAAUAAUGACUAAAGUGUCUACACUUUGUAAAACUAGGUACAUAUUUUGUUACAUCACCGAUACAUUUCAAUGGUAUUUAAAAUGUUAUUAAAAACUAAAGAAGAUACUAAGAAUGCACUCAAAAUCAAACAAUUAAAGAAAAAAAAACAGUUUACAUAAAAACAAGAAUAAAACACGAAACUAAAAACAGCCGUCAACAAAGCAAUACAGAAGAAUCUAAAGAUUGAACAACAUGAACUUGGUAUACUAGUAUCCUCAAGGGUUGCAAAGGGUACACAGUUAAUGUUUUAUUAAUGACAACCGUCAACAGGAACGGUGAAACACAGAAACCAAUGAUGAUCAAUAUCUUAUUAUUGAUGUUGUAAUGUUUAUGCCCUUUGGGGCCCAUAAUUGGAAAUAAAAUAUCUUAUCUUAUACAUGAACUAAACAUUUAUUAAUAUCAUCUGCAAAAAACAGUUACUCCGAUUCGAAUUAGUUAUGUAACUCGAAAAUAAUUAUCCCAAAAAAUAUUAGUGAUAGUAUAUGUUAUAUGCAUAUAUAUAUAUAUGCUUUUUAUUUUUGUUUUAAUGUAUUGCAUUUGUCUCCCCUUGACAAUGAUAUAUUCAACAUCUCUUUUCUGACCGUUAUAUUUGAUAAUGUUCGAUGUCUUUUACGAACAAAUACGUAUCGUUAGGGGUGGUGGCCAAAUCCUUCACUAACAGUUGAACUUCUCUCAUUUAUGCCAAAGCCAUAAAAGAUCAAUAUGAUCAUGGUGAUAAAUCCCAUAUUCAUAAAAGAAGCAUACUAACUAUAGCUUUGUACAGAUAAGGUGAUGUGUUAUGAUAGCCAGAUAUAAUAAGUCACCGCAUGGCUGACAAAACCCAUACCACAUAGCAAGAUGUAUCUAGACUGUGAUAGAAAAUAUAUUUCUUGAUAUUUAUACUGUAGAUUAUAUUAAUUUUUCUCAUAGAAAUUGUGUUAUGAAUUAGCAACAAAAAAUUUAGUUAUGUUAUCAUUGAGCAGAAUUAAAAAAUACAAUGUGCAUUAUCGUCUUUUUUCUAUGUAAAUAGAACUAUUUCAAAAUUGCAUAUCAAAAUGCAUCGUGUUUGAUAAUGUGUUAUUCUAUCUUCAUAUUUAAGCCCCCAUCACACUAGACCAAGACCAUGAAGAUCCCACUUCGAUCUAUAAAAAUAAGAUAGCGGUGAGAUCGUGGUAUGGUCGGCAUGAAUAUUUAAUAUUUAUAGUUUUCACGUUCAUACUACAACCUUGCUAUGAUGAGAACCUGCUACGAUUCCGCUACGACAGUAACACGUUCUAGUUACGAUCUUGUCAUGCUCUUUUUUUUUUUUUUUAACAACAUAAUUAUUUUAUUCAUCAAAUAUUGCUUGUUACAUAAAUCAUCAAGAUUCCAAGCUUCUCUUGACGUACCCUGUUAUGAUCCACUGACUACCCAGGGAAUAGUCAGCUGAUUAGAUUAAUUGACAUACAUUUUGUUUACAAAACAUUAUAAUAACAAUACUAGAAACAUUAUUCACUGAUUAUGUUCCUUUUAAUUGUUAGUAACAUUGGACUUAUUGUCUUAUGUCCAUUAAUAUUGGUGUCUACUCUCUUAGUGUAUUCAUUGACAAAAAUUCUGUAGACGUCUAUGUUUUUUGUUUUCUGCUCAGAUACAUAGUAUGACUUAUAUAUUGAAAAACUAAGUAUUGUAAUUAAAAAAUUUAUUGAGUAAUACUUGUUGUCUGUGAUUUUGUAUCCAAAUAUCAGGUGUUGUAGUUUUAUUAAAAAAUCUAUAUUACUCCUUUUUAAGAGAUCGUAUAUUUGCUGCCAAAAUCUUGUCAAAUAAGAACAAUUGAAAAAAUAGUGAUCACUGUAAUCUUCUUCUAUGUUACAAAAAUUACACAUAUCAUUAUUAGUUAUUUUCCAUUGUAAUAAAAGCUUUUUUGUUGGUACAAUAAACUGUAGUAAUUUCCA